UUCAGUUCAGCUUUGACGUACGGUUGGAGUAAGUGAUUUUAUUUAAUUUUCUCGCUCUUUAUUCGAUUGCUCAUAUAAUAAAAAAUUGUUUUGGUGUUGUAUAACUGUAAGCAAUUUGAUAUAUGUAGUGGAUUUUAUAUUGUUGUGACACUUGGUGGUGCCAAGAUGUACAAUCGAGAAAACCAUAUCACUAGAUAUAAGCAGGACAAAGGAAGAAUUAAACAUGCAGAACCUGGUGACGAACAGACCUCUAUGGGCUUUAUCCAAACAAAUUUCAAUGAAGAAAAUGGACUAGAGAUCCUGAAAGCUGGCAAACCUGAUUCAUGUGGUAAAAGCAUACAUCAACACCAGGACGGAACUAUAUAUUCACACCAUCCUAUCACAUCUAAAGAAUCACCUGAAUUCAUUGUAUCAAAACAUGCGGAUUCUCAAACUAAUAAAUACCAGACCCUCCAAAACAACGAAAUCAAAAAACUUGCAGAACAGACCAGUUCCAGUUUGUCUGCGUAUUUGCAGAGGCAUAGUUCCGUUAAAGCUCAAGCUCCUGCUAUAAUACAUGGAGAACAAACGAACUCUCCGAAGCUCCCGCAGAACGUGGUUCCUUCAGCUUUAAACUGCAUCAAUAAAUCGCAAUGGCCCAACAAUUCCCGUGGUACCGAUUCGGACAGUUCCAGUGUAUUUUCGGAUCGUAGCCCCAGAGAGUUAUGUUCGUUGGCAUGCCCUCCCGGAAAUAGCACUGAAGGCGUUUCGAAAUCAACUCUAACAGAUGCAACGAAGUUGAUUCGUGGUAAAUGUUAUAUCAGGCUGCGAAGUGGCGACAAUAAUGCAGGAUUACCGUAUGCGGCACUGUUAAACGUCAACGAUACGCGCUGGAAGUUACACGGAGAUACACGCUUGCUGACAAUCGGAUCUGGCUAUGUGGCCGAGGUUACCAUAGAACGAAUCGCUGAACUAGACAAUGCAACUGACUUUGACAUGGGGAAGGACAUAUUGAUCCAGAAUCUGAAAGUUGUGGAAGUAUGGCGAGAUGAGCUGCAAGGGGUAAUGUCUGGCAUCAUUAAAGUGAUUGAGGAGGAGUUGGGAGAGCUUGGAUCGAAAUGUGCAACAGAUUCCAGUAGUGCAAGAUGCUUGCUUGAAAUAAGAAAAAUCUGCAAGUACUUCAAGCAGACCAACUUUUUCAAAGAACUUCGUGAGAGUAAAUUCGUGGAAAGCAGUCGGCUGCAACGUGCUUUUAGCGAGUUUGAUGAAACAUCGACAAAACUACGAAGGAGAAAUUUAUUUCAAAGUGUUGAUAGUUCCGAAACCGAAAGAAACAUUAUGAAAGAUUGUUUGGAAAACAUUUUUGAGAAGCAUAAACAAAAUUUGAUGGAUGUUUGUUCAUCUGCCAUGAAACCUUCUCUGACAAACUUGAAACUACACCAAUUUAUGCAACUGAGAAAGAGCGACAUACGACUUUUCAUGGAAUUGGAAGGUGUUCUUCCUGAGUCCGUAUUGUCCAGCAUUAGAAGCAACUUCUUCAGGAAGAUUACCGAUCGCGAAGCACCUGAUUACUGUCAAUCGCUUCCGGUUGUAAGCAAUAUAUACAUGUACAUUUGUAAAAGUUUAAGCCAAGUGGCCCGAUGUGUUGAGAUGGAGUUUUCUCUGAUGACAGCUGUUGAGUACAAGCUAAACAAAUGGGAAAUGGUGGAUAUAGAAAACAGCAAAAUCGACACGCUUGUGAAAAGAAGUUUCGCCAGUCAGCUUCGAAUGCUAAUUGAAUUCGCAAACCAUUUCGAGCCCGGUCAAUCAACUCUAAGGGAAAAAUUCGUCUAUAAAUUCCAGCUGAACAUGUUUGAAGAUGUGUAUUUCGACCAAUGCGAACAACAUUUGUGGCUUUAUUUGGCAGAUUCAACAAUGAUGGACAUUUUGCUAGGGAAACGUGAACGUAUAGCAGAUUACGAGACAGUUUUGAAGCCUUUCAUAAAUUUUAUGACGUCCAAAAAUCUUCCAACAGCAUCGCAUGAGUGUCUCCGCAUAGUAACGCACAAUAUGUUGGAUCUCGUAGCUCAACUGGAGAAGUUAGAACUGCAUCGAGCGUGUUUCAUUUCAAAGCCAUUUCUUAACGAACAUUUGGAAAUCAACCAAUACAAAGAUGCCACGGAUGUAUUGAUACAAUUUUGUAGCCGGUUCGAUGAUCUGCAACAAAUACUUUCCAGGAAGCUCGAAGGAGACUACUGCAAACCGUUUAGAGAUGACCUUCGACAAAAAAUCCUGUCUGUUGUUUCGAAUAUACUAAACAAACAGGUUCAUUUGGAAGACAUCAUAAGCUUUUUUCGAUCAUUCAAUGAGCUUUUGCUUGACCUAAACCAUUUACCGUUUGUUUGGUUCGUGCGGAUUCCAUAUGAAAAACUUCGAUUCGUUCUUACUAAGAAUCAAAUCAUCAAAUGGGCAUACAACAAGGUCGAUUGUACAAAACGUGCAUGCUAUCAAGUAGAAAAUGGAAUGUUUGACAGGUUUGUUGAAGCAUGUGGUCCAUACGGCAUACCAAAAUACUAUCUAGUGGAAAUAAUUAAAGCGCUUCUUGAUACCAUCGGCGAGUUGGCCAAAAUCAAGCAGUGGAACAGCAAUGACGUAUUAACCGAGAAAGAUCAACUGGAUGCCACAACACAACUGGUUGAUGCCGUGCGAGUUUCCCUUCCGUAUCUCCAAGAGCAACCGAAUUAUUUCAUUUUUGAACAAAUUUACAAAGAACGCGUCGAAACUUUUGCCAGAAUUGUUAUGCGUAGUCACUCAUCGGAGAACUUUUCCCUUCGAAUAGGACGAAUCGUUGAGUCGUGCUGGUAUUUUCGCUUUAUCGAUCCGGCUGAAAAUGAAGAGGCACUACAGUCGUUCUGUCUAAAGAAUAAGCAUUUGAAUGCAGAGCAUUUGAAGACAAGCUUUGAAUUAUACAACAAUCAGUUUGAAGACAUUCUGCUUAUUUUGAGUAAGUUUGAUAAUUCCGCUAAGAUCGAACAAACAGUCAAACGUAUUCUGGAUGAGAAUAAUUGCGCAAAGAUACCGAAUCUGUUGGCUGUAGUGGGAGCCUUGUGGUCCAUCCGAAUUAAUGAGGCCGUCUGCAGCUCAGGAGUAGAUUUGAAACCACAUGCGCAGCAAGUGCUCAGUGCGUUGGCUUUGUUGGGAGUAGAUCAGAACCUUGCUGAAAAUCAUCUCGCGACGAUUGGUAGCGGUCAAGGAAAAACCACUAUUCUCGGUAUGAUAGCGGCGGUAAAAGCUUUACUUGGAUACAAGGUUGUCGUAAUUUGCCGGAACGAAAACUUCGCAAAACGUGAACAUACGAAAACUCGCAUGCUUUACAGAUCGUUGACGGUUGACUCAAAAAUAAGUUACAAAACCUUGGAAAAAAUGGCAUUAUAUAUGACCCAGAACUAUACGCGAAAUUACGAGCAACAUAUCGGUAGCUGUAUCGGUCUUGUACUUGCGAAGGACAGCAUCAUUGAGGAUUCAAACGAUACAAGCAAAACAGUUCUUUUGAUCGACGAGUUUGACAGAUUCUUCGUGGACACUUUGCAUGAAAACUUAUUCCAUCACUGGUAUCCACCGGUCGUUCCAGGGUUGGGUCAAGUUCAACAAAUGAUUUGGAAGCUUGUUCAAGAAAACAUACAUGAUGUUGAGCAACGUGUUUACUCCUUCAUACGCUAUUCGGAAGACACUGAAAUCGUUCAACUCAGAUCGUUAGUCCACCAACAGAAGUCCUAUAAAUUGCUCGAUGUUGAUUCUGAUCCUUCAGCUGUUCAGUACACCAACGAAAAAUUAUUUUCAAUCCAUUUUAAGCUUAUGAUAAAGGCAGCUGAAUAUGUUCACAAUCACUCGAUUGGCGAAAACCAAACAAUUUGUCAAACAGGUGAAGCUACGGAAUACAUCAACACAUUUGUUUACUUUAAACAACGUGGAGAAAACUUUACACAGCAUUUCAACGGCUCUGAUAACUUUGGUUAUUUAAAGCUUAAAGUGGUAUCAUUAUCAUAUGGGAAACUUCUGCAAAACUAUCCAUUUAUCCUAGGGGUUGCUGGACUGCACACAGAAUUUGAUCCGUACGAGAACAAAGUCUUGGAACAGCAAUUCGGGAUUUCCCAUACGACCGUCAUGCCUUCCAUUUGCGGGCAGUCAAGUCUCGAACUUGAUAAUCAUCGAAAGUUCGAAUGUCACGCAGACGUGAAUGAAUGGCGAAAGGCGAUAAUUGAUCAAAUUAUCACUGUUGCCAGUGCCAACCGUUCCGUUGUAGUAUUUUUCCAGAACGAAGCGGAGAUUGCUCAAUUCAGGAAGUGCUUCCAGUUCCAGCUAGCUAACUUCAACGGACUGGCUCCUACCCAGGUCAAAUACUUCAUCGAUAUAGUUUUGCCAAGCAGCUCUGCAUAUCUUCUUACGCGUGAAAUGAUAACCGUCGUCGAUUUCCGGUGUGCCAUGUCGGUGCAGUCGAAUGGUGGAGUUCACGUUAUUCAGACUUUCUUCGGACUCGACGAUAAGGAAGAAUCGCUUAUUCAGGAACGGAUGACACGUUCUGGCAUCCCGGGUACAUACGAGCUGAUCGUUUGCCGGUCACAUCUCAUCGCAUUACAGUUGAUAAGCAAGGACGUAGGGAAUUUGGACUAUAGAACACUGGACAAGGCCAGAAAACGGCUAGCAGAGUUGAGCGUGGCUGUAAGAGUUAAGCAAUGGGAACAAUCGAAUGCAGCGCAUCAGAAGUCAGUUGAUUUCUGGAUGAACAUUGACGUUUGAAGCCGUUGAAGAGGGUUUAAGAGAAAUAAAUAUUAUAAAUCUGUCUUUUA